AAUCACAGUAUUCAGAGCUCUCUGUGUCACAUCCACAAAACAACCGAGUGUGAAGCUUGAUUUCUUUUUUGUAAUUGUUGGGUUUAUCCGUAGGUCUCUGCUUCAGUGACAAAUGAACGCCUCAGAUAAUAUAACGGAAUCACAGGAGAAUUACUGGUCCAAAAUUGAGAAGUCUGUGCUGGCUCCCAUUCUCACCACUGAGAUGGUACUGGGUGUUUUGGGAAAUGGAUUGGUUUUGGUAGUCAAAGUAGUGUGUAAAGACCACUUUCAGUGCCUUUACUGGCUGCCACUUUUCAGUCUCACGCUCUCAGAUUUCUUCUGCUCCUUCCUCAUCAUCUGUGGCUCCCUCUUAGCUGUGCUGAGUGAAGGUCAGAUUUCACCGUGGUGUGAGGUGGUGAGCUUGCUCAAGUUCACCUUCAUCACCUCUUCCAUUGGAAGCAUAGCUGUUCUCUGCGUACAGAGAUUUCUGGGAAUUCCAUCUAAAGGUAAAAGACUGUCUGUUCUCAUGGCCGUGGCAUGUGUGGCGUCAUGGUGCACUGGAGCUAUAUUUGGAGCAGUGCCAGUAGCCUUUGACUGGAUAAGGUAUGAUCCAGCAGAAAUGCUGUGUGCAGUGUUCUGGGAAAGCAGUUACUCUGACAUGAUGGUCUACAUCCUCUGUGCCUUCUCCAUCUCCAUCUUCAUCCCAUUUCUACUCAUACUCUCCUGCUCCAUCCUGACUCAUGUAGGCUUUGGAAAAGAUGUUUCCAGCCAGGGUGACCUGUCUUCUAUCACGCCACUGCUGGUGAUCUUGUAUCUGUUCUGCUAUGCUCCAUUUGCUGCAUCUGAGUUGGUUCUCCUUGGAAGGCUGGAUCUAUCCCCAUCCCCUGAAUGGCUGCGAUCACUGUCAUCAGUAAUGGCAUAUCUGGACUGUGUUUUAAACCCCUUUAUCUACUGCACUAAUAAAGACUUCAGAAAAGCAGUACUCAUACUGUUUCGGAACAAAGGGAGAUCAGUUUUACCUGAUCCAGUGCUGACUGGCAUUACAAGGCUUGAAAUAUGA